AUGGGAGCAAUUGGAGUCUACGACUUCGUGAAUAUCGCUGGUGGAAUGUACCUGGUUAACAUAAUUAUAAUGGACAAAUUAAAUGAUGUGUACACUUUUAAAUUAACGCAAGGCUGCACGACUGUUCGUCCCUUGUACUUGUUCAAUGCAGACAAACCGAAUAUAACCGGAUUCCAAUCGUUUCUCAAAUAUGAAUACAAACAUUUCCACGGAUGCGAACUCACUGCGAUUGCAAUCAAAUAUCCACCUUACGUGAUUGACACAGCUGAUACUCAUUAUCCAGGAUUGGAAGUCGACUUAUUGAGGGAUGCUGCAAAGAUAUUGAAUUUUAGAAUCAAUUUCGUCGAACACAAUUACACGAGCGUUGGUGAAAAACUAAGCGAAAAUAACUUUACAUAUGUUUUAAAAGAAUUGUUUGGGAACAGAGUGGAUUUGGUCUUUGGUAUGUUCGUAGAUAAUCCAAUGCAUGAAUUAGAAACAACGCAAUAUGCAUUUGGGGAAUAUUUAUUGGCGUUGGCACCACAAGCAAGAAGAAUACAUAUUUGGAAAAACAUCUUUCGUGUUAUGAACGAUGAUGUUUGGCUAUACAUAGUCGUCUCGAUUGCUGCUUUGCAAAUAUUAAUCUUUAUAUUCCACAAAGUUUUAGCUUUGAAUAACUUCAAUUAUACGCUGGUUCUGUCUAUUCUUUUUGGAAAUGCAGUACCGAUCCCUGUAAGACCCAGCUUAAAGAUGCUCGUUGCUAUAUGGAUUUGGUCUAGCUUCUUAAUCACCAGCUGCUACGAGAGCUUAAUUAUGUCUUUCAUAGCAACAUCCGUAUACCAAAAUAAAUUCAGUAAUAUGGAUGAUAUUGGCAACAUGGCCAUAGGCAUUAAGAGCCAUUUUCACAAGUUCGUCUCUGAUGACUACCCAACUGUUUACUACUGCCCUUUAGAUAAUACCUGUUAUGAAAGGAUAGUUGAGAAGCGCGACAUGAUUAUGAUUGAUACGAAAAGAUCAUGUCACUAUUACAAAAUACAGAGCGGGGAGCAAGUAUAUGUAAGCAAUUUGAAAUUUCGCUUCUUGUAUUCUAGAUUUGUGCUAAGGAAAGGUCAUCCCAUUAAGAGGUUACUGGAUAAAAUGAUAUGGCGUUAUAUGCAGAAUGGCUUCUUGAUACGAUGGAGCAGGAAGUACACAGAUUUAACGACAGAUAGAGCAACAAAAUACAGUUCGUACGUGUCGAUCACCAUUGAACAUCUCCGGUUGCCCUUCUGCGUUUACUUGGGUGGCCUUACGCUGGGUUCAUUGGCGUUCCUUUGGGAGAACAGGCAUCGUCUUUGGUUGCACAACAAUUAA